AGUUUCGUUGUUCGAUUUCCGCGGUCGACGGGUGUAUCCAUCGCAAUCACGCAGGUCAUAGUCGAUAUGUUUCGAUUGUAUGCUGACAUGUGUUAUAUGUAUGUAUGUACGUACACAUCAGUGUGAUGUACGAUGUAGCAAUUGCUACAUCGUAGUUAAGAUUCACGUUAAGUGACCCGUGCGCCGAGAAUCGCCAGAGAUAGUUGAUUGAAGAAUAUAAAAAUUAGCAAUGACCACGGCGUCAAGAACAGUCUUGGGUUUGUCUUGUGCAAUUAGUUUAGGGAUUAUCGGUACUGUUCACUACCAGCAGUACUAUGACAGACUUGGAUUUUGCAGGGAACAGCUUCAUUUAGGUGUAGUGCGUGACGUUGAAAGGCAGGAACGUAUAAAAAGAGAAAAUCUUUUCGCUCUGACACGACAAAAGGAUCUCACCAAAGAAUUACAGAGGGAGGAACAGCAAGCGGCAAACGAUAGAAAAUGAAUUAGGGAUUUGCAAUGUAAAUCGCCUUCUUGUUUCCAGUGAUUAGAGAAAUUAUAAAGUGCUAUAUUUA